UUUGGAACAAAUGAAAACUUUUUUCGUUCAAUGAGAAUGAUACUAGGAUUACUAGGGUUAAUAGAAUAGCUUAUCACGUAAUAGAUAGAUGAUAGUUAAUUGUCCAUUGUACUAAGUUAACAAGCGUGUGUUGGUCAUCAAAGAAAAAUGAUUCCAUGAUCACAUUCUUCGUCGUUCAGAUCGUAGGCACACGUUGCACACACACUUAACAAUGAAAUUUUUAGUAAUAAGUUUUGCCUCCUGCGUCCUAAUAAUAUUGCCCAAUUAUUACCAUGUGACCGAAGGCCAGAGCUUGGCUGUGCCGGAUAAAUUUUUCAAGAAAGUUACAUUUGAGAAGAUAAAUCGCGGUGGAUACAACGUCACUACUUGUUUGCAAGACCUACUCAAUUGCUGGGAAGUCAUAAAACCAGACGUAGUAUGUUUCAAGAGAUGGAGCUACGACACAUAUAAGUUGACCGUUUGCGAGAUGCUCAAGGACACUUGUGACGACUUCAAGGGGUAUAUCGAUGAAAAACUGGGAACACGUCUAACGUUGUUCGAAACGACGUGCGCGUGGAAUGCUGCAUCACAAUUUACCAAGUAAAAAUGUAAAUGACGAAGAAAAUUUAAAUUGUGUUAAUCUGAAAUAUAUCACUUUUAGUAAUAAUUCAUGUACUUAAAUAAAUUGGGAUCAAAUAAAUAGCAGAUCAGUUGUU